AACCGUAGUUCAUUUCUGAACACGGUACAUGUGGUCAAUUCCGCGGCCCUUGUUUAACUUUCAAGAAGUUAGAGGGCAUUUAAAUCUUGAAAAAAGAGGUCUGGGUUAGUCAAGUGGAGUAAAUGCUCUUGUUUGUGAACUUCUGGGUAGACAUACAUUACUACGCCGUAUUGGUUUGUAUAAUGAGUGUGUGUCGUUAGUGAAACGUCCUCAGUGGACUGUCUUCCCUGCCUGAAAAGUGAGUGUCUUCGCCUGAUGAAGUUUACUGUAAAUCCAGUUUCUGACGACAUGGACUGCAAGGCCAGCCAGCAGGUGCGAGUGCUGACCCUCAGCGACCAGGAGCAGUGCGACGGCACCUUGCACCGCCUGCAGAAGGGCUGGCUGCUGCAGUUCCGGCUGGGCCCGUCCCUGUUCGGCCGCAGAGUGACCCUGCUCUGCAACUACCCGGGGGAUGGCGACGGCUUCGAGAGGACCAAGUACCGCCCCCUCGAGUGGAGGUUCGCCUCCGAGGCGUCCACGGACAUGACGGCGGCGUUCGCCGAGCUGUCCCUCCGCCGGCCGGGCUCCUUCCACUACUACCUGGUCUGCGACGACAGUGAGUCCGCGGACCCGCGGGCCUCCGGCUUCUUCACGGUGGACCCGGAGCUGCGAUUCGGGGACGGGGGGCCCGUCCUCCCGCUGGACUGCGUCCAGUGCCAGACGGUGCUGGCCAAGAGCCUGGGGCCCUUCCCCUCGUGGGAGCGCAAGCUGCGGGUCACCAAGGAGUCCGGCUACAACAUGGUCCACUUCACGCCCAUUCAGGAGCUGGGAGGCUCGAACUCCUCGUACAGUCUGAGCGACCAGCUGAAGCUCAAUCCCAUCUUCAGCGAGGAGGGGCGGCAGGUGAACAUCGAGGACGUGGCCAACUUGACGGCCAAGAUGCGCUGCGAGUGGAAGGUCCUGAGCAUCUGCGACAUCGUGCUGAACCACACGGCCAACGAGUCGGGCUGGCUGCGGGAGCACCCCGAGGGCGCCUACAACCUGGAGGCGUGCCCCUACCUGCGGCCCGCCUACCUGCUGGACGCAGCGCUGCACCAGCUCACGGUGGAGGUGGGCGACGGCAAGUGGGAGUUCUCCGGCAUCCCCAGGGAGGUCGACUCCGAGGAGCACUUGUCGGCGAUCCGCAGCGCUCUGGUGGGGUCGUUCCUGCCCCAGCUGAAGAUACCGGAGCUGUUUGCGCUGGACGAGGGCCGGCUGGUGAGCGAGUUCCACUCGCUGGCACGAAGUCGGCUGCCGCCGGUGGCCGGCCCCGCGGCUGAGGAGGAGGGGGAGGGGGGCGUGCUGGCCAUCGUGCCCGACCCGCUCUUCCGCCGCCUCAAGGCCACCGUCGACAUGGAGCUGGCCCUGCGCCUCUUCAACACCUACAGAAGUGAUUGCUUCGAUGAAGACACUCGUUUGCGACGAUGCUCGGAAGACUUCAAAGCUUGCCUCGAACAGUUGAACAAGGAGAAGCACGACGAAAUACAAGGCCACUUGCUCAGUGCCGUCGAGAACACGAUCGCUGGCAUUCGCUACUUCAGGGUCCAGAGCGACGGUCCACGCAUUAAGGAAGUGUCCGUCAAGCAUCCUCUGGUGCCCAGGUACUUUCUGGAGCCGACGUCUGUGUCCUCGCUGGCAGACAGGGAGAAGCUAAUGUACACCCCUGAUGCCCGCUUCGUGAUGGCGCACAACGGCUGGGUGAUGGACCACGACCCCCUCAACAACUUCGCGGCGCCUGGCUCCAACGUCUACCUGCGGCGGGAGCUCAUCGCUUGGGGGGACAGUGUGAAGCUCAGGUACGGGAACAAACCGGAGGAUUGCCCCUUCUUGUGGCAGCACAUGAAGCAGUACGUCGAGGAGACGGCCCGAGUGUUUGAUGGGGUGCGGCUGGAUAAUUGCCAUUCCACGCCUCUUCCUGUGGCGGAGUAUCUGCUGGAUGCAGCCCGGAAGGUGCGGCCCGACUUGUACGUUGUGGCGGAACUGUUCACCAACUCCGACCACAAGGACAACAUCUUUGUGAACAGGCUGGGAAUCACCUCGCUGAUCAGGGAGGCCAUGUCGGCGUGGGACAGCCACGAGCAAGGACGCCUGGUGUACCGCUACGGCGGGGAGCCGGUGGGGGCGUUCUUCCAGCCCGCCCUGCGGCCCCUGGUGCCCUCGAUAGCCCACGCCCUGUUCCUGGACCUGACCCACGACAACCCCAGCCCCAUGGACAAGCGCUCCGUGUUCGACCUGCUGCCCAGCUCCGCCCUCGUCGCAAUGGCGUGCUGCGCCUCCGGCAGCAGCCGCGGCUACGAUGAGCUGGUGCCGCACCACAUUCACGUGGUGGAUGAACUGAGGCAGUACGCAGAGUGGUCUGACGACAACAGUGCUCCCAAUACCGUCAGCUACAACACCGGAAUCAUCAGCGCCAAGAAGGCACUGAACAAUCUUCACUACGAACUUGGCGUUUCCGGAUUCAGCCAGGUGUUCGUGGACCAGAUGGACGGCGACGUGGUGGCGGUGACGCGGCACUGCCCGCACUCGCACCAGUCCGUGGUGCUGGUGGCGUACACUGCGUUCUCCCACCCGGACCCCGACUACCGCAGGGACUCGGUGAAGCCCCUGAGGGUCGAGGGGGUCGUGGACGAGGUCAUCCUGGAGGCGACGCUGAGGCACAGGUCGGGAGCUCGCUUCGACCGCCCCAAGCAGUUCACGCAGCACGGCGCGGUGAUCAACGGCCUGGAGGAGUACGUGGUGUCCGUGCGCGAGCACGUCCCGGUGGCACAGUCCGGCAUGGUGCAGAUCGGCCAGUCGGGCGACUCGAACGUCACGCAGCUCGACUUCACCGACUUCCAGCCGGGCUCUGUCGUUGCCAUACGGGUGUCCCUGCACGGCGACGCGGCCCCCGCGCUGGCCGAGCUGCGGGGCCUGGUGUCAGGCUUCACGCAGCAGCUGCGGCCGUGCCACGCUGGGCUCCAGGCCGUGGCGGGGCGCCUGCAGCUGGCCGACCUGAACCGCGCGCUGUACCGCUGCGGCGCCGAGGAGCGCGACGACGGCCCGGGCGCCGGCGAGUACGACAUCCCGGGCGCCGGCCCACUGGUCUACUGCGGCCUGCAAGGUUUCAUGUCUCUGCUUAGUGACAUCCGACCAGCUAAUGACCUGGGACAUCCUAUGUGUAACAACUUGCGUCAAGGAAAUUGGAUGAUUGACUACGCGUGGCAGCGGCUGAAGCGGGACGCGGGCACCCUGGAGCUGGGGCGCUGGCUCGAGGGGAGCCUGGAGCCGGUGAAGAAGCUGCCGCGCUACCUGGUGCCCAGCUACUUCGACCUGGUCGUCACGGGCGCCUACUGCCUGCUGCUGGACCGCGCCUGGGGGCUCAUGUCGCGGUUCGUGAGCCAGGGGUCGAGCUUCGUGCGCAGCCUGGCGCUGGGCUCCGUGCAGUGCGCGGGCGUGGUGGGCUCCGCCCCGCUGCCGGCCCUGUCGCCCUCCCUCUCCCCGCCCGUGCCGCCCACGCGCACGGCCGCGUCGGGGGACCAGGUGCCGGCCUGCGUGUCGCUCUCUGCAGGCCUGCCACACUUCACCACGGGCUACAUGAGGAACUGGGGCAGGGACACGUUCAUUGCGCUGCGCGGGUUGUUCAUCCUGACUGGGAGGUACCAGGAGGCCAGGUACCACAUCCUGGGGUACGCCGCCUGCCUGCGUCACGGCCUCAUCCCCAACCUGCUGGACGGGGGCUUCAAGCCCCGCUACAACUGCCGCGACGCGGUGUGGUGGUGGCUGCACUGUGUCCAGAGCUACGUGGAGGAGGCCCCCAAUGGCCUGGCGAUCCUGCAGGACAAGGUGUCCCGGCUGUUCCCCCAGGACGACUCGCCCCGCUUGCCUCCGGGAGCAGCUGAUCAGCUGCUUCAAGACAUCAUUCAAGAAGCACUGUCGGUUCACUUCCAAGGCCUGUUCUUUCGCGAGCGAAAUGCAGGACGCGAGAUAGACGCCCACAUGACUGAUAAAGGGUUCAACAAUCAGAUUGGCGUCCAUCCAGAGACAGGCUUCGUGUUCGGGGGCAACAGCUACAACUGCGGCACGUGGAUGGACAAGAUGGGCUCGAGCGACAAGGCGGGCAACCGCGGCCGGCCGGCGACCCCGAGGGACGGCUCGGCGGUGGAGCUGGUCGGCCUCAGCAAGAAGGCCGUGAGCUGGCUGGCGGCUCUGCACGAGCAGGGCAAGUUCCCCUACGGCAGCGUCACCAGGGAGAAGAAGAACGGAGUGAAGAUAACGUGGACGUACCGCGAGUGGGAGAGGAGGAUCGCGGGGAGCUUCGAGCGAGCGUUCUUCGUGGCGCCCGAGCCGUCCCCGGAAGAGCCGCGGCCGGACCUCGUGCACAGGCGAGGGAUCUACAAGGACACAUACGGAUCGAGCCAGCCGUGGGCGGACUACCAGCUGCGCUGCAACUUCCCCGUGGCCAUGGUGGCCGCGCCGGAGCUGUUCGACGCGGCCCACGCGUGGCCCGCGCUGCGCCGGGCGGAGGAGCUCCUGCUGGGCCCGCUCGGCAUGAGGACGCUGGACCCCGGCGACUGGAACUACGACGGCGACUACGACAACAGCAACGACUCGGACGACCCGAAGCUGGCCCACGGCUUCAACUACCACCAGGGCCCGGAGUGGGUGUGGCCCCUGGGCUUCUUCCUGCGCGCGCGGCUGCACUUCGCGGGCGCGGCGGGCGGGCCGGAGGAGCUGCGGCGCACGGUGGCGCACACGCGCGCCCUGCUGGCGCGGCACUUCGCGGAGCUGCAGACGUCGCCGUGGCGCGGGCUGCCCGAACUCACCAACAAGGACGGGGCCUACUGCCGCGACAGCUGCCGCACGCAGGCCUGGAGCAUGGGCUGCCUGCUGGAGGUGGUGUACGACCUGAACAAGAUAGAGGAGUCGCACCCCGCACCGGUGAGCUCGGCGAACUGACUCGGGAGUGGCGGGUGCCCCCUGCAGCUCGCGCUGGUGGCCGGUAACCGGGCGGUCUACAGCGA